CUUCUCCAUAGCUCUCAUACUCGAUUCUCUCAAUCUAGUUUUUUGCUCCUACAAUAAACCCUUUUUUUAAUAAACCCUUUUUAAUCUGAGUUCCCUCCACAUCGUUCAAAACGUCGUCCCAAAAACCCUCCAAGCUCCCGUCGAAACGGGCCGUCGCCUCCAUCGCGCUCCUCACGCUCCUCUCCUCCGUGCAGCCGAGACCGAAACAGGACGACGAGGAAAUCGCGAAGAACGAUAUGUCGGGGGAGCUACAGACCAUACCCGCGCGCCAUGGCGUAGCGACAUUUGUGCCGCGCGGGCGGACGAUUAAGAUUAUCAAUACGUAUGGCAAGCAGGUGGUCAGUACGUGGGCGUUUGCGCUGCAUCAGCCGCCGGAGAAGGAUAAGAAGGCGAAUGAUGAGGCGAAUGCUAAGGAGGCGGCUGGGGAAGAGGUCGUAGAGGAAAAGGCGGACGGCGAUGGGAAGGUGCAGGAGAGCGAGAAGGUUGAAGAGGAAGUGGAGAAGCCGAAAGAGGAGGCUAAAGAUGCUGAAGAGAGUGCAGAAGAUCCUCCAGAGGAAGCACCUGAUGAUGCGGAGAAGACGACCAAGAAGGCCGAAGAGAAUGCAGACGAUCCUCCAGAUGAAGCGCCUGAUGAUACGACUAAAAAGGUCGAUGUGAAAAAGGCAGAUACAGCGAAGGCCGCCAAAACUUGGUCGUCAUACCUACCUUCUAUCCCCUACCGCUCCAAGGCCCCGGCUGCAUUAAAUAAGGAUGCCGAAGCAGAGAAAAGCGAGAAUGAAGCCACGUCCAAGAAGUGGUCUUCAUAUAUCCCAACCGGCCAAGGCUUCUCGAGCUACAUCCCCAAUGUGCAGAUGCCGUCGAAGGAGAGCCUCAGCGCAUUUGCUGGAAGCCACUACAGAGAUCCCAAUAAGAGCUAUGCCGAGCAGUUAUACGAGUUUUCAAAGACACCAGUCGGUGCAGGAGGUAUAGCUGCCGCAUCUGGUUCAGGCACAGCAUCUUCUCUCUACGCCGCGUACUCUGCCUACACCAAGUUGAGUCCCAAAUCUUCCAACCUGCCACCGAUGGAAUACCUCUCUCUCCCACACACUCGCGCCUCGUCCCACCGCCUCGUUCCACAAGCCGAGGACACACUCCUAACAAAUCUCCGCACCCCAAUCCUGACCCUGAUCGAGGACACCACUACUGGCGCCCACGACACUCUCACGGCCGCUUGUGAUGCAAGCCUCUACGCGACCCUGGGCGUCGAAAAGGCUGCCGAGCACGGUUCAUGCGCCGAGAAUCUCGUCCUUGCGCUCAAAGAACUCAACGAAAAGGCUGGGCUACAGGGUGAGAAAGCGGUUGGCGCAGACGUUACGGUCAACAUUGCGCCGACACCACUCCAUCUAUUCAUGAACGCUCCGAUUGAGGUCGAUUCCGCGGAAGAGGGAUCAGGCGCGAAGGGUGUGACAUUCAAGAUCGCGGAGCCGGCCGGAAAGAAGCGCACAUUCGUGAGAUUUCGUGCUGAGAGAGAUGUAGUGGUUGUUAUGAGUGCUUGUCCGAUGGAUGUGGGCAGUCAGAAUGGUGGGAAGUGUAUGGCGGCCAAUUUUGUUGUUGAGGUAGGAGAGGAGGAAGAGAAGACAGGCUCGCCUAAGAGCGAAAAAGCUACGCCGAAUCAGAAAGGCAAGCCCGCCAAGCUUCAAACAGCCCAGAAGGCUAAGAAAGAGAAAGACGAAGAGAAGAUACCAGAGGAAAAGAGUGAGGAAGCUGCGGGAGGGAAGCCAAUGCCUAAGCCCAAGGGCGGCCCGGCUAAGAUCCAGGCUAUCAUGAAGCAGAAGCAAGAGCGUGAUGCUGAAGAAAAGGGCGGUGCAGCUUCGCCCUCCUCUGGGGAUGGAAAGGGGACUGAGGAAGAGCAGAAGCCGAAAAAGAAACCCAAGAAGCUGGAGAGGAGGACUUAGGAAGCGUUGCGUUAAUUGCUGUAAAAGUAUGUAAUUUUUGACUUCAGGGAAUGAUUCUAGCAUGUUUUAAUAGCAUCUCCAUAGUAUUGGCUCAUAUGGUAUAUUCUAAUCCUUGUCCCUAUGAUCGAU